GAUUUCUCCAUAGAAUUAUGCAGUCAAAAAAACAAAAGAUGACAUUGUACCUCCUGCAAGAAAAAGUUGCAGAAUUUCUCCGCCUAUGAAAAUUUCUGAAAGAUCGAAGCAUGUUCUAGCCUCGGAGUGUAUGAUUUGUGAAAAGAAUAUCAUUUAUAAAACUGAAAAAAUUAGUGGCAAGCGAACUCGUAUAACUCUUUCACGAGCUGAGACACUGACAUGCGGUCAGUUGAAGGCUGCGGCCGAAUUUAAAAAUGACGAGUGAAUUUUGACAGUGCUGAGAGAAAAAGAUUGUGUUGCGCUCGAAGUACAAUAUCAUAAACCCUGCUAUAAGCUUUAUGUUAAAAAUGAACAAAAGAAUUUGACGCAGUACGAGUCUUGCUAUGAGAUAUUUUGUGAAACUUAUGUCAAAAUGAAAUUAAUAGAAGAAAAAAAUUGUCAAUAUGACUACUCUGGUUAGAAAAUUUAGAUAUAUUGCUGCUAGACAGGGUAGCAAUACUUUCAAUUAUAAAACUUCUAGACUGCGGUUAAAGUUACAAAAAGACUUCCCUGAACUCGUCUUCUAUCGCCCAAAAUUUCGCAGAAAGAGCUACAUUGUUUAUCUAAAAGAAUAUGAGACGGGGGACAUGUUAGAAUCUGCAAAUCUAACAGAAAGUGAAGGUACAACAUCAGAGAGUUCUUCCAGCGACGAAAGUGAGUGGGGUGAUAACGCGACGCGAGGAAUUCUAUCUCUACCAUGCAGCAUUUUACUUGCGCAAUGUCAUCAAGGCGCCAGAAUCGUUCAUCGUAAACUGGCCACCCACUUCUGCUGAUUUUUUUAAAAGAGAUGUUCGAGAAUUUGUUCCUCCAUUACUGUACAAUUUCAUGGCCUGGCUACUCAAUAUGAGUGAUGAACCUAAUUUUAAUCAUCGUUUUUUUUGUGGAAACUGGCGUUGGCGAACAAAAUCAAAUUCUCGAUAUGCAUAACAUCGCGAACUCCCUUGGUGAAGUUACUGAUGCUCUCGUCGGAUUUCACGCCUUCACA